GCCAAGGUCUGAUAAUACAAACAUAUUUCAUAUUCACACAACGGAUUUUCCUGGGCAGCUCCACUUCACUACUCUAGUGCUAUACAGCACCCCGUCGAGUACGGACCUACACAGUGGAAAGGCAGCUCGCAGGAGAACAAAACAUGCCGAUCCAAUGCAUUUUGUAGACAACCGUUCAAGGUCUAUAAUAGACAAUUUGCCGACGUAUGGGUCAACAGAAGCCAUCGCCGCGGAGACCGCGGAGGCCACGGAGGCCACGAAGUACGUGGAGCCGACCAGGGGUAUACUUAACUAUACAAUUUUCCCCAUACGUACAAAUUCUCCCAAGAAAAUAGCAACUUGAAUAUACUCCAGAAUGUCUCAAUUCCCAACUCCCAUCACAAUCUUAAUCACCGGAGCUGCCGGGGGCCUUGGCCGGGUCAUCGCAGAGGCAUUCCUCACCAAGGGCGCCAACGUUGCCAUCUGCGACGUCAACAAGGACCGUCUGGCCGAGACAUCGUCGGCAUGGACUCAAGAGUACCAGGGCAGGUUCAUAGCGCAACAAGCAGACGUCUCAUCUGCAUCCGACAUCGAAAGCCUGGUCCAGGCGACCACCAACAAAUUCGGCCGUCUGGACAUCCUCAUCAACAACGCCGGAGUCCUGGACGCCUUUGACCCGGCCGGCAGCUGUGCACGCGAGACAUGGGAUCGAGUCCUCAACGUCAAUUUGACCGGUCCCUACGUCUGCACCCAGGCAGCUGUAGGCGCCAUGCAAGCGCAGUCACCACCCGGCGGAACAAUCAUCAACAUGGGCUCCAAUGCCUCCGUCUGCGGCACGAACGGCGGACUGGCGUAUACAGUAUCGAAGCAUGGCGUGUUAGGGCUCACGAGAAACACGGCUGCGUUCUAUCUCGAGCACGGAAUCACUUGCACUAUGCUUCAGCUGGGUGGUCUGGCGACGACGAACAUCCUCGACUCUCUCUCGACGGGGGUGAAUCAGGAGGGGCUGGGAAUGGUCGAGAAGCAUACGCCGGGGUUCAAGGCUGGAUUCAACGAUGUUCCCCUUGAGGAUGUUGCGAAGUUCUGUGUUCUAUUGGCUGAUCGUGAGCUGGCGAAGACGAUGAAUGGAGCGGCUGUUCCGUUUAACAGAAACUGGCCUGCAGGGGUUUAACCAUCAUGCCCUUCUAGGGCUAUUGUAUAGACUUUUUU